AUGCGCAAGCCAGCCCGAACCAACACGACUUGGGUCUUUGAAGACAAAACCGGCAAGGGGGUUGCAGGUGUAGACGCAGGCGCAGACGCAGACGCAGACGCAGAUGCAGGCGCAAGAGGUAGUAGUAGGCGCGGCCGCAGCGGAGUUUGUCUCGUACAAAGUGGGCCAGCCGAGGGUGAAGUUGUCGAUUUACCAACAACCGCGCCAGAAAGGCGCCGCUGGAGUCAAAUUAUCGACUCAUCGGCUCGAGGAAGGUGCAGGGGUUUAUCGACCCCCACCUGGAGAAUAGACAGGGGGAAUGUGCGGCCGCCUACUGGCACUGUGCUGUUAGCCAACAACUCCAAGCGCCCCAUGACAGGGGUCAUCGCUUCCCUGAUCAAGCUCGGCCCAAUCAGAAUUCAGCAAUACUUUGUAAAGGAUGCCAGACGUGAUCCCAAGACCCGGAAUGGACAAACCGGCAUAUAUUAA